AUGGCACGUUUCGCUUCUUUUAAUACUGUAUCUAUCUAUUUAUCUAUCUCAGUGAUUCAGUAUAAAUCUAUCUAUCUCAGAUGUUCAGUGUCUAUCUAUAUAUCUCAUACCGAUAUAUCUAAUUAUCUAUCUAUUUAUCUAUCUAUCUCAGUCUCAUCAUUAUUUAUCUAUUUAACUCUUUCAGUAUCUAAGUCUGUUCAUAUCUAUCUUUCUCAGCCUCUCCAAUAUAUAUCUACUUAUCUAUGUCAGUCUUCAGUAUCUAUCUAUCUAUCUAUCUAUCUAUCUAUCUCAGUCUUUCAUAUCAAUCUAUCUAUCUCAGUCUUUCAAUAUGAAUCUAUCUGUACCUAUGUAUCUAUGUCGUUCAGUAUCUAUCUUAGCCGUUCAGUAUCUAUCUAUCUAUAUAUCUAUCUAUCAAUCUAUCAGUCUGUUCAUAUCUAUCUAUCCAUCUAUCUAUCUAUCUGUCAAUACUGCCAUUUCCGUCUUUUUUCAUUCUAUACCCAAAUUGCUGGCGUUUUUGCAUAUGAACGUCUUUAUUUUGUUCCACGCUUAAUGGAACGACGAUCAAACGGGCAGCGAAAACGAGACUAA